AUGCACCUUCCCAGUGGGUGGCGCAAUGGCUUGCGCAUCUUGCAUGACACUGCAGGAUGUGAAGGUUACAACCGUGCUGCGCGGCCCAUUGCUGGCAGCAUAGCUGAACUACUGGCAGCGCUGGACAUCGAGGAUGAUGGUACUGACCACGCAGUGGAAAGGCAACGACUGAAGAGGACCUACCGCGAGCUGUCCGUGAAGCAUCACCCUGACAAGUCCCAAGAGUCAUCUCGAUUCCAACGGCUGCGGCACGCUUACGAGAUCCUGGAUGACCCAGUCAAGCUGUUGCUGUAUGACAGCGGAGGCAUGGAACUGGUGCGACAGUACGAGAUGGACGAGGUCCCCAGAUCUGAGAACUUGGAGGUUUCUCACAGCAUCUCCCUGGAGGACUCAUAUACAGGGGCUGAGUACACCUUGGAGCUCAGCAGGCAGAUAUUAUGCCUUUCCUGUCGACAACAACCGCGCCUAGCACGAUGCCGAGGCUGCCGGGCAUGCCCUGACGAAGUACACUUGCGUCAGGUUUGGGUUAACCAGUGGGAGUAUUUCAUGGAGGAGGUGCAUGCGCCCAGUCCUGAGAAGUGCAGGCAAACAGACCUGAGCUUGAACAUGACAGUCGAGCGAGGUGCCAUGACCGGAGACAGACUGCAAUUUGAGUUCAUGGCUGCCCAGAUUCCGCGACAUGUUCCAGGCGAUGUGCUCGUCAAUGUCCACGUGCUCAAGCAUCCCCUGUUCAAACGGAUGGGGUCGGAUCUCGUGCUGCUUCUCCGAAUCUCCCUACUAGAGGCUCUUGUGGGCUUCAAGCGUGAAGUCACGCACCUCGAUGGCCACGUGGUGCAUCUUUCCGUUCCGCGUGGAACCGUUGUGCAUCCUGACAGCGCAAUGGAGAUUGAAGGGGAGGGUAUGCCUGUUCACGACGAUCCGUCAACCUACGGCCGCUUGCUGGUACAAUUCCACAUUGUAUUUCCAGAGCACGUGGACUCCAUGGCAGCUGCCCAACUCGAGAAAGCCCUGGCCCUUUGA